AGCGCGGGGUUGUGCAGCCAGGCGCAGGGCAGGAUGGUGGACAGCGUGUACCGGACCCGCUCGCUGGGGGUGGCGGCCGAAGGGCUCCCAGACCAGUAUGCGGACGGGGAGGCGGCGCGCGUGUGGCAGCUCUACAUCGGGGACACCCGCAGCCGCACCGCCGAGUACAAGGCGUGGCUGCUCGGGCUGCUGCGCCAGCACGGCUGCCAGCGGGUGCUCGACGUGGCUUGUGGCACCGGGGUGGACUCCAUCAUGCUGGUAGAAGAGGGCUUCAGUGUGACGAGUGUGGAUGCCAGUGACAAGAUGCUGAAGUAUGCGCUUAAAGAGCGCUGGAACCGGCGGCAGGAGCCUGCCUUUGACAAGUGGGUCAUCGAAGAAGCCAACUGGAUGACUCUUGACAAAGAUGUGCCACAGCCAGUAGGUGGUGGCUUUGAUGCAGUCAUCUGCCUUGGAAACAGUUUUGCCCACUUGCCAGACUGCAAAGGUGACCAGAGUGAGCACAGGCUGGCGCUGAAGAACAUUGCGAACAUGGUGCGGCCAGGGGGCCUGCUGGUCAUUGAUCAUCGCAACUAUGAUCACAUCCUCAGCACCGGCUGUGCACCCCCGGGGAAGAACAUCUACUAUAAGAGUGAUUUGACCAAGGAUAUCACAACAUCGGUGCUGACAGUGAACAACAAAGCCCACAUGGUGACCCUGGACUACACGGUGCAGGUGCCAGAUGCUGGCCAGGAUGGCUCUCCUGGCUUAAGUAAAUUCCGGCUCUCUUACUAUCCACAUUGUCUUGUGUCCUUCACGGAGUUACUUCAAGCAGCCUUCGGGGGCAAGUGCCAGCACAGUGUCCUGGGUGACUUCAAGCCUUACAAGCCAGGCCAAGACUACAUUCCCUGCUACUUCAUCCACGUGCUCAAGAAGACAGGCUGAAUGUGGGUGCCUUCUGUUCCCACAAGCCCCUGCUCAGGCGCUGCCAGGCUGGGGAAGGGGGCUCUGUGGUUCUACCCAAGUCCAGUGCCCACUGCAAACACUGCAGAUGGGGUGCAGGGACAUGGGGUCAGGUAAAAGUUAGGGUCAACAAUAUAUUCUGUGCCUUUUCCAAUUCC